UCUCCUCUUCCUAUCCACUCUGGUCUCUCCCCUCCGCUGGCCUGCCUGUCUGCCUGCCUCACCAAACCGAGCCGCUCGGUCUGACCUUCCCAGACUCCUUUAAUUCAAGAAGAAGAAAAAAAAAACUACUCCAAGAUGUCUUUCAGGACCACGACCACCAAAACGUACAAGAGCUCCUCUGCACCGAGGAACUUCAGCAGCAGCUCCUACGCGGGACCAGGUGGUGUCACCUCCCGUCAGAGCUACAGCGUGAGGAGCUCCUAUGGAGGUGGCAACAGGGGCUAUGGAGGAGGCGGCAUCACCAGCUCCUCUGCCUACAGCUUGAGCUCCAGCAUGGGCGGCGCAGGAGGCAUGGGCAUGGGCAUGGGUAUGGGCUACGGCGGCGGCAUGGUCUCCCAGGCCCCCAUCACCGCCGUCACUGUGAACAAGAGCCUCCUGGCCCCUCUGAACCUCGAGAUCGACCCCAACAUCCAAGUGGUCCGCAACCAGGAGAAGGAGCAGAUCAAGACCCUCAACAACCGCUUCGCCUCCUUCAUCGACAAGGUGCGCUUCCUGGAGCAGCAGAACAAAAUGCUGGAGACCAAGUGGAACCUGCUGCAGGGACAGACCACCACCCGCUCCAACAUCGACAGCAUGUUCGAGGCCUACAUCGCCAACCUGCGCAGGCAGCUCGACAGCCUGGGCAACGACAAGAUGAAGCUGGAGGCCGACCUGCACAACAUGCAGGGCCUGGUGGAGGACUUCAAGAACAAGUAUGAAGACGAGAUCAACAAGCGCACAGAGUGUGAGAACGACUUUGUCCUCAUCAAGAAGGACGUCGAUGAGGCCUACAUGAAUAAGGUCGAGUUGGAGGCCAAGCUCGAGAGUCUGACAGACGAGAUCAACUUCCUGAGGUCGAUCUACGAGGAGGAACUGCGUGAGCUCCAGAGCCAGAUCAAGGACACUUCAGUCAUUGUGGAGAUGGACAACAGCCGCGGCCUGGACAUGGACGCCAUCGUGGCUGAGGUCAGGGCUCAGUAUGAGGACAUCGCUAACCGCACCCGCGCCGAGGCAGAGUCGUGGUACAAGACUAAGUAUGAAGAGAUGCAGACGUCUGCUACCAGAUACGGAGACGACCUGAGGGCCACCAAGACAGAGAUCGCAGACCUCAACCGCAUGAUCCAGAGACUCACAUCAGAGAUCGAUGCCGUUAAGGGACAGCGUGCCAACCUCGAGGCCCAGAUCGCCGAGGCCGAGGAGCGCGGCGAGCUGGCCGUGAAGGACGCCAAGGCCCGCAUCAGGGACCUGGAAGACGCCCUGCAGAGAGCCAAGCAGGACAUGGCCCGCCAGAUCAGAGAAUACCAGGACCUGAUGAACGUCAAGCUGGCUCUGGACAUCGAGAUCGCCACCUACAGAAAACUGCUGGAGGGAGAGGAAGACAGACUGGCAAGCGGCAUCAAGGCCAUCAACAUCUCCCAACAGAGCACGAGCUACGGCGGCUACCCCACCGACUCCUUGAAGAGCAACUACUCCAGCAACUACUCCAGCGGCUUCAGCGGCGGAUACGGCGGCGGCUACAGCAGCGGAUUCAGCAGCGGCAGCGCCGGCGGCUACGGCGGCGGCAGCGGCUACAGCACCACCACGCAGACCAAAAAGAACGUCGUCAUCAAGAUGAUCGAGACCAAGGACGGCAGGGUGGUGUCCGAGUCCUCCGAGGUCAUUGAGGAUUGAGCUGUCUAGUUUAGAGGCGUAGCUACCCGUCUGCUAUGAUCUUCUUUGCCUCUCCGGUAGUUUUAUACUCACAGUUCACCCUCCCCCUCACAACUAUUGCAAUAAAGAGUCUGUCCAAUAGAGCCUGAACAUGUUUUUCCAUGAAGCAAUAAAUCCUAACACUACCAAAGAUCUGAAAGGGACCAAAGAAUUUAUUUUAUAUGUCUCAUGUCUCACUGUUUGUACUCAAAAUAUGUAGUUUUAUCUCAGAAAAUGAGAGAAAAUUGCAAGAAGGAAAAAAAGAAAGAAACAUAAAUCCCUUGGAAUCUAUGCAAAUGCUACUCACACACGAAAGGGCUGUUGUGUCGCAUCAAACGGACGUUAAGCGGUGUCGUCAAAGGAAUGUGAAUGUCGUGAAACAGUGCUUCAGUGUUGUUGGUCAACUAAUGCCUUAAAAUUGCCUGCUACAGUAGGUAGUGCAUGUCUUCCCUGUGCGUGUCCUGUAACUGAAACUGUUCGACCCCUCAGGAGGCUGCCCACAUCCGACCGUCUGUCCUGAGGUGCUGUUUUUGCUACCAACCUGAAUAAAGACAAAAAAAUGUGUUUACUGAACGAAAAA